AUGGCGAAUCUACCGGCCCACGCUUCUCCCAAACUCACCCCGCAGUCAACCCCCCUUCCAAGUCAACUAGACGGCCUACAUGACAAUGCGACUCAAGAGAGUGGCACUGCGACUGGUCAGCAGACACCAGCGCUACCAGAUUCAUUGCUGUCGCCUGCAUUCACCCCACCUGCGACCCCCGGCGGUACAUUAAAUCUCGACCUAAACCCGACUCAAAUACUCCACUAUAACCAAGGGGCCAAUCUCCAGAAGUCAACUGAACAUACGAAAGCUCCUAAGCUUCUUCAACAAUUGCCCCAGAUUGAAUGUGUCGUCCGGGCGCGUAUCCCGACCACGAAUGGCGCGGAAAUGUUCCUGCACCUCUACCUAAAUGAUUUGGAUAAUAAAGAGCAUUUGGCCAUUGUGUUUGGAAACAAUAUUCGUAGCCGCAGCCUUGACCGUGUACGGCCAGGCGAGACUGAGAUGGAUCGCAUGAUUCGAGGCGCAUAUGUGGGGAAGCUACACCCUGGCAGAACUAGCAGCUGGUUCGAUGAUGAGAAGACAGACGCACAGUCAUCAGCGAAUCGCCAUGUCGAGCCCCCACUGGUUCGCAUCCACUCUGAAUGUUACACUGGAGAAACGGCUUGGUCGGCUCGGUGUGAUUGCGGUGAGCAAUUGGAUGAGGCUGCACGAUUGAUGUCUUUCCCUGUGGAGGACCUCGCAUCUGAUGCACCUGCAGAAGCACAGUCUCUGAAAUCACAUUCGACAGGAGGUGUUAUUAUCUAUUUACGACAAGAAGGUCGAGGAAUUGGACUCGGAGAGAAGUUAAAGGCAUAUAACCUGCAAGAUCUUGGAUCCGAUACUGUGGAAGCAAACCUUCUCCUCCGACACCCGGCCGAUGCUCGCAGCUAUGGAUUGGCAACAGCCAUGUUGCAAGAUCUGGGCUGUGGUGCAGAUGAAAACCCAGAUGGUGUUCGCUUGCUCACCAACAAUCCGGAUAAAGUACGGGCCAUCGAGGGACCCAACCGCGAAGUCCUGGUUAAGGAAAGAGUUCCUAUGAUCCCAUUGGCAUGGCGUACCGGUGGAGAACGAGGGAUUAAGAGUUCAGAGAUUGAAGGCUACUUGAGGACCAAGGUUUGUCUGCCUAAUACCGUUGUGCUUAUUUUCUUGGCCACUAACGAUUGUCGUUUACAAUAG